CAUUUACUAAUUGACUUAAAACGCACCAACGAUCUUGCGGAAUGCAUGGAGAGGCACGGACAAAUGAAUACCUAUGGGAGAGACUGUCUGAACUAAGGAGGCUCAUUUUAACGUAGAUGAGUACGAUUAGGGAGAUGAAGAAGCUCUGGGAGAUCGUCCCUUCUAAUUGUUCAUUUUCUUUUUUAAUUAAGUGUUUAGAUUUUUCACUUUGAAACUGAAAAGAGAAAAUUUAAUUUCAGCGUAUUUGACUUAGGUAUUUACUUUCAAAAAUACUGUAAUACAAUAGAUAGAAUAAAUUAACAUAGUGUUUUUAUAUUUUAAGACUUCUUCGAAAAGUCAUAGACUAUUUAUUACAAUUUUUUCGAUGUUAAUCAAUUUAACUUAAUCGCUAAAUAAUGAACACCUGAGGGGAGUAAAUAUUGAGUUUGCCGGCACGUUCAUACAUCUUCUUGGAUAAUGACACACUCUUGCGAGCUCCCUGUAAAAUUGUUCGCUAAGUUGAUUAUUACGAGACACGAAGCCGAUUUUUGAUAUUAUUUUUAGCAACCUAAAAAAAAAAAACAACCUUGAUUCUUGUUACUGAUUCUACAUCAAGACAAUUAAAAUUUCACACUUGAAAGCUUCCGUAUUUUCUGUACUUAGAUGACUUAUACAAAGAUAUUCAUUCAAACUUAGUUUCGAAUUAAAGUACUAAUGCUGAUUUGCUCUUAUAGUUACUAGCUUCAGGGUAGUGUCUUGAGUAUGGAAAGCAGAUUGAAUAUUUCCAUACUAAGACUUAAGCUCUUGUUAGACGAUGAUUAGCCCAAUAUUCUUAUGUAUAUUCGACUUCAAGUACAACUUGAUUUCUUUUUUUCUUAGAAAAAAAAAGCGAUCUCGAAAGUCCUUUUAAGGAUACGGAAAAAAGAAUGGAUUCGGCCAUGCGCUUUAUGGCUUUUGGGAAACGUUUGGACCCGGCAAUGAAGUUAAGUGGUUUCGGUAAAAAAAUGGAUCCAGCCAUGAAAUUUGCUGGUUUUGGAAAACGUAUGGACCCAGCCAUGAAAUUUGCUGGAUUCGGUAAGCGAAUGGACGCAGCUAUGAAAUUUGCUGGCUUUGGUAAAAGAAUGGACGCGGCCAUGAAAUUCGCCGGAUUUGGCAAAAGGAGAGAUAGGCGUAGUGUAGUGGAGGAAGAUGGAUACUUGGAGUUAAUAAAGAGAAAGAUUCUAGAGGAUUUGGAGGAUAACGAUUUAGCGAAGAGGGCAUACAAAAGACCCUAUCCAAGAUAUAUUCACUUUCAAAGAAGAUAUUCUAUAGAUCCUGCUUACGCUCUCCUCGGAUUGGGCAAGUGA